AACUGUGGUGUUCAUUCCGCGCAAUUCCGCGCAAUCGUGCGAAGCGCGUUGAAACGGAAUCCGGGAUCUACCACGAGAGAUUUCAAUUCUACUUUCCCUAUUUCCCUUCUCGUCGAGUAGGACGAGACAAGAUCAAACCGUCGACACGAGAGAUAGGUGUAUCUUGCUGUCUCAGCGUAAUACAACGGUAACGCGAUAUCAGCUCACUCAGGAAUCUAACCACAAAGCGUUGAUUUACUUUUGACCAGAAGAAGCUUGACUUACUUCAAUAAUGAAUGACAGCUGGGAUAAUGACAGAAUGUCAUCAAGGAGAUACGAUCGAGGUUACGAUCACAGGAGAGAUAAUAGGAGAGAAAGGGACACUCAAUUUUAUAGACGUUCUCACAAAUCUGGAGAUAACUGGCAGGAUAACGCUUCAAGUACACAUAAUUAUGAAAAUGAUUCAUAUCGUCGUGAACAUGGCAGGAUAAGUAACCACAGUUCAAACGAUACGAAUGGUCUUGUUAUGUACAUUGAUACCAACAGCAUUGGAAGGCUUGUUGGGAGAGGUGGCAGCAAGAUUAAAGCUUUGGAAAGUGAAAGCAAUGCUAAGAUUAAUAUUGAUAGAAAUCAGGGAGAAAAUGGACAAACUGCUGUGACACUAAUUGGUACAGAUGAUGCACAGCAACAAGCUAAGAGCUUAAUAGAAGAGUUAUUAAUUGAUAGAGGUAGUAUGCAGGAAAAUGAAUUUAUGCGAAGAGAAACAGAUAAACCAGAUGAAAAAAACGAAAUUGAUUGGGCCAAUUUUGAUUGGUCGAAGGCUAAUGAGGAAUAUGAGGAACGGCAGAAGAAGAAGUGGGCGGCUUUGGCUCCCAUUAUAAAAAAUUUUUACAAGGAAGAUCCGGUUGUUGCCAAUAUGUCGGCAUCGAAAGUGGAUCAUAUUAGGAAAACUAACAAUAACAUAGAAGUUAGACAUGUUUUUGAAAACAAAGACAACACCGAUGAAGAGAUGAAAAUACCAAAUCCUGUCGAAACUUUCGAACAAGCCUUCCAAACGUAUCCAGAUAUCCUUACAGAAAUACGAAAGCAAAACUUUGAAAAACCAAGUCCUAUACAAUGUCAGGCGUGGCCUAUUUUGCUGAGUGGUCGCGAUCUCAUUGGAAUAGCACAAACUGGAACAGGAAAAACUCUUGCCUUUUUACUGCCUGCUUUGAUCCACAUUGAUGGGCAAUUAACACCUCGCGACGAGCGUCCUGGGCCAAAUGUUCUUGUUAUGGCACCGACGAGAGAGUUGGCGCUACAAAUCGAAAAGGAAGUGGCAAAAUACUCUUACCACGGCAUUAAGGCGGUAUGCGUAUAUGGUGGCGGAAGUCGCAAAGAACAAGUAAAUAUAGUGUCAAAAGGUGUGCAAAUAGUAAUUGCAACUCCUGGAAGAUUAAACGACUUGGUUCAAGCAGGAAUAUUAGAUGUGUCGGGUGUGACAUAUCUUAUACUUGACGAAGCAGAUCGUAUGUUGGACAUGGGCUUUGAACCACAAAUUCGUAAAACUCUCCUGGGUGUGCGACCCGAUAGACAAACCGUUAUGACAAGUGCUACAUGGCCUCAAGGUGUGAGACGCUUAGCCCAAUCGUAUAUGAAAAAUCCGCUUCAAGUAUUUGUUGGAUCCCUUGAUUUAGCAGCUGUCCACUCUGUGACACAGAGGAUUUAUAUGGUUGAUGUAGAAGAGAAAUCAGAUUUGAUGCACCAAUUUUUCCAAGAAAUGGGACCUCAUGAUAAAGUGAUAGUAUUUUUUGGUAAGAAAUCGACUGUGGACGAUAUCGCUAGCGAUCUGGCUUUAUCGAAUAUCGAUUGCCAGAGCAUUCACGGUGACAGAGAACAAGCAGAUAGGGAACAGGCAUUAGAAGAUUUGAAAACUGGAUCCGUUCAAAUUCUUCUCGCGACUGAUGUAGCUAGUCGAGGAAUCGAUAUUGAAGAUGUCACGCAUGUACUGAAUUAUGACUUCCCAAGGGAUAUAGAAGAAUACGUUCAUAGAGUCGGCCGUACCGGACGGGCAGGUCGAACAGGCGAAAGUAUAACUUUUAUGACGCGAAAAGACUGGCAUCAUGCUAAAGCACUGAUUAAUAUCCUUGAAGAGGCCAAUCAAGAAGUACCUGAGGAAGUGUAUAAAAUGGCUGAAAGAUAUGAGGCAUGGAAGCAGAAAAAGGAUGCAGAUCAAUCGUUUCUAAGAGGCAACAGAAACAGUAACGGCGGUAGACGCAACUAUCGUAGGACUUAAAACAACCAAUAAUGCUAGGAACUGAACGUUUUGUCAUACAUAAGAAUUUCAUUAUCAGAGUUUAAUAUUGUGAUACUGUUUUUAGGAUUGAAUCCUAUAAUCUUGACGAAAUUAAUUUCCUAAAAACAACGCAGUGUUAUUUUUCUUUAUUUUUUUUAGUUACCAGUUAGGUUAAAAUACACGAUUUAAAAUUUACUAUAGUUUAAAUGUCUUAUUGAAAUGCUAUCAAGAUGCGUAUGCAUGACACAAGUGAAAUGGGAUACAUUGUAACUAGCAACAUUUCAGCUCAAUAUUAUUUUAGUUAUCAAUAGCGAGAUAUAAUUUUUUAUAUUAAAAUGUUUACAAGUAUUAAAUGUUGAAUGCUAGUUGACAUUUGGUGAAUUUCCAUAAAAGUUCUGCUACUACAUCGUUUAUUAUUUUUUCAUGAAACAUGUACAAUAUUCGAGUUUUGUUAAUAAAAGUUUUUUACUUUUAAUUAGUUCAAUUCAUAGUUUUCUUUAUUGAACACAGAUUAUUUUAAAUAUAAAACAUUUUAUGAU